UUUUGCAUUUUUUUUGUAAAUUAAGUAAAACGUGCGCCAAAUAUGGCAAACACACCGCAAGUUGUUAAACUGGACGAUUCCUCCGAGGAACCAUCCCCAGAAAUAUUCGAAAUAAAGGAUGAAGACCAGGACAUAUGUGAAUUGGAGCAUCUACGUAAGCUAUUCAUCGGCGGCCUGGCACCCUACACCACCGAGGAGGGCCUCAAAGUGUUCUAUUCACAGUGGGGCAAAGUGGUUGAUGUUGUUGUGAUGCGAGAUGCCGCCACAAAGCGUUCACGUGGCUUCGGCUUUAUCACCUAUACAAAGUCCGCGAUGGUUGAUACUGCGCAAGAGAACCGGCCCCAUAUCAUCGACGGCAAAACUGUGGAGGCGAAACGCGCUUUGCCACGUCCGGAGCGCGAGACGCGUGAGACAAACAUUUCUGUUAAGAAACUGUUCGUUGGCGGCCUCAAGGACAAUCAUGACGAGGAUUGCCUUCGCGAGUAUUUCCUGCAAUUCGGCAAUGUGGUCUCCGUCAAAUUGCUAACGGACAAGACAACCGGCAAGCGGCGGGGAUUUGCCUUCAUCGAGUUCGAUGACUAUGAUGCCGUCGACAAGGCCAUACUUCAGCGGCAGCACUCAAUUAAAUACGUGCUCGUCGACGUCAAGAAGUCGAUUUACAAUCUGGAGAAGAAAGACCGUAUGGCGCAGGGUGCUGCAGCGAAUGGCAAUAAGAUGCAACUGCAGCAGCAGCAGCAGCAACCUCCGCCAAAUUCGAAUAUGCCGCCUGCCGGCUACCGUCCCCCAGUGCCUCCGCCGCAGCAGAUGCCACCGUAUCAGCAUCAGCAGCCGCCGCCGCCAAUGUCGGCGCCGCCACCAAACUACAACUAUUGGGGACCACCCCCGCCGAUGCAGCCCUAUUACCAGCAGCCGCCGCCGCCUCAAAUGAAUGCGUGGAACGCCUAUCCACCGGCACAGAAUGGCUGGAAUGCACCGCCGCCACCACCGCCAGGCGGUCAUCCGCAGUGGCAUGCCAAUCAAUGGGGUGGUCCGCCGGCCGUGCAGCCGCCCACACCCGGCAUGCCGCCAGGUGCACAUCAUCGCAACGGGCCACCGCCGCCUGCGGUUGGUAAUUGGAAUAUGCCAGCGGCGGCACCACCAAUACCCGGUGCAAUGCCGCUAACACAGGGACCACCGCCCCAUCAGCCGCCACCGCCACAGCAGCAGCAGCCGGUGCCGCCAAACUUUGGCAGUGGCUAUCAACAGAACUAUGGCGGUGGCCCCACCAAGCACAGCAACAUGAACGGCAAUCGCAUGAAUCCCUAUACGGCUGCACCACCCAGCAGCUAUCAUAAUGCCCAGCCACCGGCGCCUGGCUAUGCGCCGUACAAUGCCGCCGCACCGCCGCCCAGUGGCAAUGGGCCAGCGUCGGGACCCGUGCCCAAAAACGUAUCCAAUGGUUCGGUGGCAACGGGCGCCAGCGCCAACAGCAAAUAUCGUCGUUAAUUGUUGGGUCUAUAAUUAGCGCCUGUGCCUAGCUCACCAAUUGCAAAUCGUAUAUUGUAUUUUUCUAAUCAAAUUGUUAAUCAAUACAGCAACUAGCGACUAGCAAUUGAAACACUCGUUUCGCCGAGCUUAUAGGGCUAGUUUUUUUUAUAGCUCUCGUGUGUAGUACAUUAGUUAUUAGACGCCUUAAUACUCGUAUAUAUAUCCAAGAUCAAGCAAUGUUGGCUGUCGAUCAAUAUAGCAAAACAAGAUAGCAAAACAAGACAAAAAAAACUGAUACGUCCAGUAAUAAAUAUUGUUAAAUCAAAACGGAAAGCAAAGGUGAGCAAUGCACAGCUGCGUUUAUAAUAUACGAAACAAAAAAAAAAAGAAGUUAAUUACUAUAGAAAUAUGUAUAAUUUUA